UUUUUUUCUCUCUUUCAAUAUUGAAUACGAUUACGAGAUAGAUUUUGUAGGUACCUCAGUACUCUGAACUGAAAACGCUUAAAUUUACGGUUUUAUUUGUAUGUAUCCAAAUGCAUACUAAGUACUGUAUAUUUUUCUUGCUGCAGAGAACAUAUAAACAAAUUAAAUUUGAAUAUAGGUAGUCUGAAGUAGAAGAUACAUUGCAAAAUGGCAAAUGAUCAACAGCGUCGUAGAAGUAAAUGGGACACACCUUCAUCCAACGCAAGUCUUUCAUCACUACAACAUCAACAACAAAUGCAAUUGGCAGACAACCAAUCAGGUAGUAGCUUAGAAGCUGCUUCUGUUGCUGCAGCCAAAAUAAAUGCCAUGUUGAUUUCCAAAGGAAAAUUGAAAUUACCGACAGCAGUUACCAGUAAAACUAAGACAAAUGCAAAUCAACAGAAGAAAGAGGAUCAGAUUGUGGCAGAGGUUGAAAUUAAUGAUGUACCUAUCCACUGCCGCAACCUGCUCACUAGAGGCUGCACACAGGAUGAUAUAAGUAAAAUGACUGGUGUCGCCGUAUCAACACGAGGCCGAUACAUGUCAUUUGCAGAUAGGGCUAAAAACAACAUGGGAGAACGCCCUCUAUACCUCUGCGUUCAAGGACAAGAUAAAGAAGCAGUAGACAGAGCUGUGAUGAGUAUUCGAGAGAUCAUAGCUGAUAAUAUGCAACCAUCAAAGGGGAGAGGAAGGAGUAGGCUUGGGCCUAGCCGGUUUGAACCAGUACCAGUUAGGCCUGGCCUUUCAGGCCCAGGUGGAGUCAGUCAGGGAAAUAGGCAGGUUCCACCCCCCUUAAUGACAUUCACACCCCCAAGGGUUCCUUCUCAACCAGUGCACAUGAUUCAAGAAAAGAUUUUCAUUGGACUAGACCAUGCGCACCCAUCAUACAGUGUCAAGGAAAAGAUACUCGGACCAGGCGGGUCCUUUCUUAUGCACAUACGAACAGAGACUGGAGUGAAUGUAACAUUACGAGGGAAAGGCUCUGGUACUCCUGAUCCUAUAUCAGGACGAGAGGCAUUUGAACCUAUGUACAUACACCUUAGUCAUCCUAAAAUAGAAUCUAUAGAGGCAGCGAAGAAAUUAUGUGACAACCUUAUUCAAACGGUUCAUGGAGAGUACAGUCGAUUACAGAGUCAAAUUAUUUCACCUCCUAUCAGGGUGCAGCCUGUUGUUAGCCCGUCUGGUGUAGUAAAUUUACAAACGGUACAAAUGCCCACUGUACAAAGUGUCCAAACAAUUCAACAACAACAAAUCCAAAUGCCUUCAGUCGGACAACAUGUCCAACUAGCCCAAGCAACUGCCCAGCAACAGGCAACACUGACAGCAGCAAUGGCACAGCCACAAGUGCCUCAGAUGCAGCAGCUGGUGCCCCAGAUGCCCCAGGCCCCUAGGCAGAUACGAGUGCAGGUUAGCACAGCAACAGUUCGCAUCCCCUCAUCCAAUCCACGUACACAAACAGUAAUAGCAGCUACUACACUAGCCCAGGCUACGCAGCUAGCCCAACAACCUCUGAGCCUAUCGUCAGUAUUAGUCCAACCUCCUCAACUUACCCAAGCCAUUCAACCAGGUCCAGGACAGAUGGUACAACUACAGCAUAUGCCACACCCAGGCCAAGUACCAACACAGGUAUCUGUUCAACCUCCACAACUAGCUCAGUCUCAACAGAUUGUGACUACACAUAUACCAGUGUCGGUGGCAGCUGUGGUCAAUGCUCCUGGCGCAUUACACUCUGUAGUGCAACAUCCAAUGAAUCAAGCACCACGUCCCCGCCUUAUCCAACAUCAACAGCAACCACCCCAGCCUGUGGUGGCUCAUAUGCCUCAACUCAGCGUCUACCUACCCCCAAAGGAGUUACAGACUGUCCAACAGCAGCAGCAACAGCCACUGCCCCAGCAGCAACAACCACCACCACCUCAGAAACGUCAAUUUAAAGAAGACCCAGAUAAGCUAGAAGAUGGUUUACUCGGUUAUCAGCAUGGCCCUCCCCACUUGACAAAUCUAGGUGCCAGCUCUCCACCAAGAACCUUAUCACACCCAAACCAACCAGUGCAUUCCAGCCAUGGACUAACACCAGGCAUCAUCUCGCAUUCACCUAGACUUGCACAUCCAGACGAUGCUAGGUUAAUGCCUCCGCCAGCGCCGGUGCCAGUUGGAUUACCACCUAAUAUAGCACACGACCGUGAUCUGAUGCCACCUCCGGCGUUGCCAGCUUCAGCAGGUAAAUCUAGGGUGUGUAUACAUGAAGAUGCCCCAGGUGGGGCAAACAAAAGGAUGAGGUUAGUUGACUACGCCGGCGAUUCAGAUGAAGAUGAUGAAGGAAACAGAAUGCAGCAUAACCUUGGAAUGUAUAACCAUCUACAAGCAAAACUCCCCUACCCCAGUAAUCCCCAGUCACUUCCCUACCCUCCUUCCUCACAACCUAUUCACCUUCCCCCAGGGACUACAGGUACAGGUACCUAUGGUGGGGUCAUACACCGCCAGGCUCCGGUUGUGUACACCCGUGCCACCCCUCAAUAUUCACAACCUCCCCCAGCCUCAUAUAGCCAACAACCCCCUCAAAUGGCACCUUCACCAAUGUCACAACUGCCUGGUCAUCCCUAUUGGAAUCCAACCCCUCCGUAAGAGUAUAAAAAUUGUAAGGUUUAACAUGACAAUUUGAAUGUAUUGUACAAUUUUAUCUACAAUUAGUAAUACAGUACAACCCAAGUAAUGGAACAUCACUGAGUAAAUGAUUGUUGUACUUAUUAGGGUUAGUGAAAUAAUUCAUCAUCCCCAAAAUUUCUUGGAUAAUAGACAAAGAAAGUUACUUAAUAUCAAAUUUAUAGUGGUUUUUUUUAAACAACAAAUUUGUAACAAGUAAUUUAUUCUUCCACAUGUAUAUAAUGAAUAGGUUGGGGAGGAGGUGCUAAAUAAAUUAAUUUUGUCCCCAAUUUGUUAGAGGGGACUUGCACCAUUCUCCAAACUUACCAGGCAACUCAUUGUAGACAAGAAAAUUAACAAACAUUUUGCAAUGUAAAUUAAUUCAGUCUAAAAGUUGUUACUGUAAUUAGGAUUAUAACACUUAUUUGUUCCAGAUGUAAAUAUGAAAAGUAAAAUUAAUUUUUGUUUUUCAGUAAUAGAAAUCCUCUAUUGCUUUUAGAAACCAAUAUUUUGUAAAUGUAUUUGUAGGGUUAAAUACCUGGAUACAAACAGUGGCAUGUCUAGGUGUGUGCAGGGAUCACAACCUCCCCAAAACAAGCUCGCACCCCAGUUGCCCUUCCCCCACUAUAAAUUUUUGAAACAAAAAAAAUUACGCUAAGUAUGGUAGUUGAAAAUUACCUCAUACCACCUUGUUUUGCCAGCUAGUUCCCCCUUUAUCAUCGAGCGUGCUCCAUCACCCCACCCCCUCCCCAUUUCAAUACCCCUAGAUAUGCCACUGGAUGAGUCAAAGAGAGUAAAUCAGUUUGGCCUCAGAGAUUACUCAAUUGGUAGAGCAUCUGAAUGCUAAUAGGAAUUUCUGGAGUUCAGAUAAUGAUGGGGAAAUACAUUUUUGGUGAAGAAUUAUCAAUCAUGAUGGAGUAGUUUGAAACAUUUGUGGGGCUUUUUACAGGGAGGAACUACGAGGCUGUAAAUGCCCUUUUGUUCUACUAAAAGAUUCUAGUAAAAAGAGGUCCAUUGAUGUGCAGAAGCUUUGUCAAAAUAAAUUUGAUGUACAAAAAUGUAGUGCAUCACAUUAAAUUGUCCCUUGUUUUUUUUUAUCAAUAAUUUUAACUGUUUAAAAUGUUAAACAUUCUGUAUUGGGAAAUUUCUUUUCCUUUUUGACCAUAAAUUUUACAGGGUCAGUCAAUUGAAACCAUUUGGGUCAAAAUUCAACACUGUACUGUACUCUAAGAUGCUAAAUGUUUAGGUGAUAGACCUGUUUAAAAUUUUAUUCAUGUCUGAAGGCACUCUCCAAUGAUAAAAAAGUGAAAAAUUAAUCAACAGAAGUUCUGUACAAAAUGUGUGUGCCUUAAUGUUUGGCUUUAGAAAAAUAUUAUACUGUAUAAGUAAAUAAUAGUUGGCAAGUUUUAAUAUUUUGAAUUUUUUCCAUUAUUCCAAUUAACGAAUGCUGCCAAGUUAGUAGAAUGAGCAAAGGUUUUGCUAAUGACUCGCAUACUGUACUUCAUCUGAAGUUGCUAUUGGUAAAAGUCCACCCGGAGUGAAUUAAAUAACAUGCUGCCGUGAAUCACUAAUGAAAGCUGUGCUUUUUAUCCACUACUGUAUAAAUAUUGUAAUAUAAAAGUAAGGAAUUGCAAAAAAUAAAACAGUUUGGAAAACAGGUA